AUGGAGCCUUGUAGAAGAGGGGUUCAUUUGUAUUCUCCUCAAUCGGCCCGACACAAGCCUUUGAUUCCUUCGUCCAAAUGCCUCAAUCCUCGUGCACUUUUGUCCUCUUUCAGGCUCUGGUGUCUCCUCGUCGUCAUUUUGCUCACGAGCCUCCUCCAGCCCACAGCCUCCGCUGACUCGGCGCAUCAUGAGAUGCCCGUUUCGUCUCUCUCCAGGUCCGUCGGAUCGCAGCAAUUCUGUCCUUCGCCGUCCGUCGAUACGGCCGGUUGUGCAGACGCAGAUGCAGCCUCAUCCGCCUCCGUCUCCUCCGAUAGGCUGACGUCGACGAGUCCACUUCCACCGGCGGAUGAGCUCGAGUCGUCCAAAGCCGACUUGCUCCUCAGUCGAGACGAUGAGUGGUCCUACGGCGUGACCAAUUGGCCUGAGGCUGUUCAAGAGGCCUGUGCCAUCCCUGGAUUUCGCCAGUUCCUCUUACAGACCUGGAUUGCCCUCAGCGAGUUCGGCUUGGACACGAAAGGACAAUAUCCCUUCGACUCCAGUUUCGCCUGGGCCCUGGUGACUGACACUCUGUCGCACUACCGUCUCGGAGUGGUGGUAAUUAUUUUGGCGGCUCUCUUGACGCUGCUUCGUAUCACCUGCAAUCGCCUCUUGAAGGUGAGCCCAGCAUUCUUUCUGUAUCUUUUUCAUCUCUCUUUGCUCAAACGCAAGUAG